AAAUCUUAUUUCUUGAUACUUAUUUUCCAUUCACUUACUUAAGAUAUGUUACAUCAUAGUAGGAAGUAUCAAUGUUGAUGAUUCAUGUUUCAAAACAGAUGAGUAUAUCAAGCAGAGCUUCCUUGACUGACCUUGAGAAUAAUAGUAUUUAUAUGACAUAAUCUUAAUCUUCGAGAAUCGUUAGUAAAGCAUUUUUUAAAAAUUUGGUUUUGCUAUAUCAGUCUAUUUUAGAUUUAGAUGAUCGGUUCCACCUGAUAAUAAAGCCGAUAAGGGGUUACUAGAUCGUGAAGUAAUAUUUGUUUCAAUUUUCUCAUGGGCUUUCUCGAUGAUGAAUUACAAGAGGUAUCAAAACUUUGUCAAAAUGUCGUUGAUGGUAGCCGUCUCGUUUCUUGUGUUUGUACCAUGGUGCGAGUGGAAAUAACGAAGACCGAGUUCAAGACCAUCGUCGUGUGCAUACAGUUCUCGAAGAGCUAUCCUAAUGCUCCAUUGUUACUUGAAUUGAAGAGCAAAACUUUAUCUGUGAAGUUACUUAACGGUCUAACAGAAGUCUGUGAAAGGGAAUGCAAGAAAUUGUUGGGAAAGGCACAGGUGUUACCAAUAUUGAAAUUUAUCCGUAAUUUCAUUGACGAAAAUCCUUUGAUUUGUUGCUAUGAUGAAAUCACAACCAUAAAAAAACUCUUGGGGGACAACGAUGAAAUAAAAUUGAAACAAAAAUAUUCUUGUAUUGGUUUGAAGAUUAAGAAAGAGUUAUAUUAUUUCAAAGCUAAAAUUGAUGUACCAGAUAAUUAUCCGGUUGCCUGUAUAAAAUUGAAAGAUGUAGAUACAAAUUUUCCUCCACUAUUUACACGCCAUUUCACAGGUCAAGGAAGGGAAUUAGCCAGACAGUGUGUAGAACCACCGCUUACGAAGAAAUCACACACUCCUUUUAUUCCCUCACCAUCCUUGGAAGUUGUUACAUCUUUUCUCAUACAAUGUGUAAAGAGUUUGCCACAGGAGCAUUGUCAGUCAUGCAAACAAACAUGUCUGCCAGAGAAUCCAGAAAAUGCAGAAACCAACGAAACUGCAGAUAUGCAUGUAGAGAGACUUUACUGUGGACAUUUGUUUCACCUACGCUGUCUUGUGACAUACAUGAAGACUCCUCCAUUCCAUGGGGGUAAAAAAUGUCCAACAUGUGAACAACGUAUCUAUCAUGAAAAAUGGGGUGUAAGCGAUAAGCUUGCAGAAGAACGUUGGGCUCAUCAACAAGCCCGAGCUAGGGAACUAGCAGAGGUAGAAGAUUUUUUCAACUGAAAUCUACAUUUCAUUUAAAUCAUAUCUCUAAGUGAUGAUAUUUCCAUGAAAGAGUGCAAUAUCACGAAGAGAAUAUUGCUAUGGACAAUUAGGAAGAAAUGAGUGGUGAGGAUGGGAUAACAAGCGUAGGAAAAUUUUCAAAAUAACAUUAUUUAUAAUUCCACGCGUAUCUAUGUUCGCG